UAAAUGCCAUCUGGGUGGCUCCUCUGGGUUUUUGAGUCCAUCACCCGGAUCAGAUCAGUCAGAGGCCAAGGAGGAGAACAUGAUGAUGGACCUUUUUGAAACUGGCUCCUAUUUCUUCUACUUAGAUGGAGAAAAUGUGACUCUUCAGCCAUUAGAAGUGGCAGAGGGCUCUCCUUUGUAUCCAGGGAGUGAUGGUACCCUAUCCCCUUGCCAGGACCAAAUGCCCCAGGAAGCCGGGAGCGACAGCAGUGGAGAGGAACAUGUUCUGGCUCCCCCAGGCCUGCAGCCUCCCCACUGCCCGGGCCAGUGUCUGAUCUGGGCUUGCAAGACUUGCAAGAGAAAAUCUGCCCCCACAGACCGUCGGAAAGCAGCUACCCUGCGCGAAAGGAGGAGGCUAAAGAAAAUCAACGAAGCCUUUGAGGCCUUAAAGCGUCGGACUGUGGCCAACCCCAACCAGAGACUGCCCAAGGUGGAGAUUCUGCGGAGCGCCAUCAGCUACAUUGAGCGUCUGCAGGACCUGCUGCACCGGCUGGAUCAGCAGGAGAAGAUGCAGGAGCUGGGCGUGGACCCCUACAGCUAUAAACCCAAGCAAGAAAUUCUUGAGGGUGUGAAUUUCCUGCGCACCUGCAGCCCCCAGUGGCCAAGUGUUUCGGAUCAUUCCAGGGGCCUCGUGAUAACUGCUAAGGAAGGAGGAGCAAGCGUGGAUGCGUCAGCCUCCAGCAGUCUUCAGCGUCUUUCUUCCAUCGUGGACAGUAUUUCUUCAGAGGAACGCAAACUCCCCAGCGUGGAGGAGGUCGUGGAGAAGUAACUGGGCAGUCAUUUGGAACAUUCUUCACGCAGCAGGAAGACCCCCUUUUCCGCCUAAUCAUUUAGAUUAGGGCUCACAGAUGCCAGCUUUUAUGAAAGGCGAGAGAUUUAGUAUUAAAAAAGCAACUUCUCACCACCUCAAGUGAAAGUCCUUCUCCUUGGGGCUUUUAUUAUGAUAAUUAUUAUUAUAUCAGAAUGGCUAGUGGCUUAGCUCUAGAACCCUAAUUUUGUUUUUAGUUUGGUUGGUUUUUUUAUAACAUAUUAACUUUUACUAUGAUCACGUGACCCUUUCCUGUCAGUUGCAAACGAAGUUCAUUCCUGUCUAAAUCAAAGAGGGAACGUUUAAUCCUAAUAGCAUUUAAUGUACUUUUUGUAAAUAGUCUUAGUACUUUCGUUUUUAUGUAAGCCUAAAGGAUAUAUUUUAAAUGUGGACUUAAACAUUGUAUAUAAAAUGUGUUAAGAUCCUGAUAUUGUAAUAUUAAAAUAUUAAUAUGUUUC